GAGUUUCACUUCUUUAUAUUGAAUAUGAACAAUUUCCCUAUGAUGGCUUACGUUAUACUAUCAAGCACUCGAAUAGUCGAACGCGCUGUCCUCUGACAGCUCUUGUUAGGUCACUAGGUCAAGGUCACAGUGACUUUCCGGAUGAUAACUCAAGACUGCUUACGCCUAGGAUCAUGAAACUUCAUAGGUAGAUUGAUCUUGACUGGCAGAUGACCCCUAUUGAUUUUCAGGUCACUAGGUCAAAGGUCAAGGUCACAGUGACUCGAAAUAGUACAAUGGUUUCCGGAUGAUAACUUACAUUUGGUCAAAGGUCAAGGUCACAGUGAAAAAAAACGUAUUCACACAAUGGCUGCCACUACAACUGACAGCCCAUAUGGGGGGCAUGCAUGUUUUACAAACAGCCCUUGUUUCAAUAGACUGCCUUAUUUCAGUAGAAAAGUAAACUUUGUUUAACCUGAUAAUGUAUAGAAAAGUGAAGUUUGUUUAACCUGAUAACAUGAAAAUAAAUGCAAUUUGAAACAAUCAUGAAAUAUAUUAUAUUCAGUUUUAAAAUGGACUUUUAUCAUUUUAACUCUCUCAAUGCUUAUCCUGCUGAAGUCCAUCUUUUCAGAAUAGUUUAGUUCAUUUUGCCUAUUAGGUGAGCACCUUAGGGCCCAUGGUCCUCUUUUGAUACUGUUCAUAUAACUAAUUAUCUUUAAUGCAAACCAAUUACAUGUAUUUCUUUUUGAUUUUAACAGAGAACAUUCAUCACAAUGUUUAAGUCCAAUAUUGGCCUAUUAUCAAAUUGAAGUACAUGUAGUUCAUAGAUAAACAUUCUUGUUGAUUCUCAUGUUAUCAAGUUGGCCUCGUUGCUUUAGUGAUUGAGUUGCGAUACUUCCGCUUUGUAUGCACACAUAAACUAGUUGUUAAAGCUCUGUGGGCCAAUAUCUUUAUCUUACGCAUGUCACAUGACUGGUGACAUUAGUACUUUGUUUGCUGGAGAUAUAAACUUGCCAACAAACCGAAGUUGAUAUUUAUUUGAAUCUGUUUAGCUGAACAUUACUUGUUGAUAGACAUUGGACAAUAGCUAGAUGGAGUGUUUUUUUGUUUAAUAGUCAAUGAGCCUAGAUGCCCUAUUAUUUGAGUUAAAUCAAAGAUGUACUGAACAAAAGAUUCAGUGGUCAGCAAAAUGGCAACGUUUUCGCAAUCCACCAUUGAAAAAGGAAAUGACUGGGUCCAAGACUUUUUGUGUUGGGCAUGUGAAGACGAGAAACUGGAAGAAUCUGCUGAUUUCUAUUGUGAAUCUUGUGUGAUGUUUUACUGCCAAAAAUGUAUUCACUUGCACAGCCAGUUGUUUAAGAAACAUUCCACUCAUGGAAGGAGUGAUAUGAAGAAAUGGCCAGUGGUCAAGAAGGUGGAAGAUUUUCUUCUUAAAUGUGAUGUUCACAAAGAAGAAAACGUUGUAAGUUUUUGCGAAGACCAUAGCAAGCUGUGCUGCAAUACUUGUGCUUUCCAUUAUCACAGGCAAUGCAAAACGGUGAUGCUUUUAUCUGACUUGGUUGAAAAUACCUCCACAGACCUUAAACAAAUAUCAGUUACUAUCCAAACUACUCUGGCAGAAAUGAAGAAGCUUCAAGACAACCAGGAGGCUAGCAUUCAGUCUGUGCAAAGUUCAUAUGAUGAGCAGUUACACAAGAUACAGGAAACUCGGCAAAAAAUACUUGCAGCCUUUGACAUGCUUGAAAAGAAGACACUGCAGGAAAUGAAAGAUACUCUUACCAAACUGCAAGCCUCUCUAAAAAGUGAUGUUGACAAAUGUUCCCCUCUUGAAAAUGAAUUAAAACAACUUAGAGACGCUAUUCAGGACAUAAGCGAUAAAAGCAAGCAAGAACUAUCUUUUAUAGCCAGCAUUAAAUGCAAGGACAAAAUACAGCAGUUGGAAAACUAUCAAAAAAAGAACUUUGCUCAACUAAAAUUUUCAAUAACCUUCCAGCCUAAUAAUGAAAUAAUGCAGUACCUUUCCCAGUUAUCAGGUCUUGGGAAGAUUGAACACAAUGCCCAGUCAUUGACUGCAGUGGGAAAUGCAGACCAAAUCAUAAGUAUUGAUGGAAUGUCUGAGUAUGAUGUAUGCGUACAGCGUGAAAAACGUUGCAGUAUCAGAGCCAUUUGUGUUCUCCCUAGUGGACAAGUCCUUGUUGUAGACGAAUAUAAUAAGCAAGUAAAGCUGCUAAACCAGCAGUACCAGGUUGUGAGUCACUGUAGUGUAUUUGAUGGGCUUUUGGGCAUGUGUAAGUACAUGUGUCAGAUCACACCAAGUGAGGUUGGUGUUACUGUUGGUUCAAAGGUCCAGUUUAUCAAAGUCAACAACAACCAGCUGGUGAAAGACAGAAAGCUCAAGUUUCAACAUGACUGUUACGGUAUUGCCUCCCACCAGGGAGACCUGUUUGUAACCUCUGGUACUGAACUAUCCAAUUACUCGCUGGAUGGUAAACUAGUCAGCAAACUUCACGAGAAUAAGUCAGUUGAGAAUCAUAUUGGAUUUAUCUCUAUGAUCAAGAACAUAUCAUUAUAGCAGCAAAACCCUUCAAAUUCUGCAGUAUUACUCAUACAAAUAGUUAUUAAUAUAUAUUGACUGUCACUCCAUGACAGGUCUUUGAAAAAAAAGUGCAUGGCUGUGAAAAGAAUAGUUUUUGACCUGUUCUUUAUAUUUCGUUGAUAUCAAAUAAACAUGGUGUAAUAUGUCUGUAGAUGUGCAGUGAGCCCGACAGGUGACAAGUUGUAUAUCACGAACUUCAAUCAGGACAAUGUCCUCACCCUGGCCAGGGAUGGAUCAGUCCUUUCAAUCUUCACAGACCCUGAAUUGCCACGUCCAACUUGUGUACAUGUGACACCUGCAGGCCAGGUGCUGGUAUGUGGACCUGAUUCCUAUAAUAUCCUACAGAUUGACAGUAAGGGCAGUAGGAAGCUGGCCACUCUGGCUACAAAAAGGGAUGGGCUAUGGUCGGUCUGCUACAACAGCAACACUGACUCCAUUAUUGUGGGAAUGGUUUACAACAAGAUCCUGGUGUACAAAGUGAAAUAGCUUAUCAUUCUUGUUUCUGAUGUGUAAUGAUAAGUGAUAUAGAUUACUAUAAAGUGAUUUAAAUUACUAUAGCUGUUAGUCAUUAAGUGCUAUGUUACACAUAUAUAUAUUUGAUGUGUUGUAAUAAGUCGAAAUAAAUGACAAUAGCUGUUUGUGUAAUAGUGUUAUGUAACAAUUCAAGAAUGAAUUUGAAGUGUACAUACUUAUUUGUUUCUUUAAAUAAUGUUAUUACGCAUGCUAUGUUUAGAAUGUGAUACAUUAGAUUUGUAACAAUGUGUUGCUUGGUUCAUUUUUUGCUCUUUAAGUGGCUCUGAUAUAUUUAAGUCAAGGGAAUACUUAUGGAUCAAUAAUACUAGCGGAUAUUUUGUCAUUAAUAGAUAGUUUUCACAUUAAAACAACUUUGAAAUGCGUUGUUAUUGUUUUACAGCUUGUAUGAUUGUUUUCCAUCAUUUUGCGCUUUGCUUUGCUAAUCAUAAUUGUGUACCAAACCCUGAGUUGGUAGAGAAAAACAAGUUACUCUCUGUUUGUUUUGUAUGAUAUCAGGCGAGGCUUAGAAUAAAAUAAUGGUGACGCUUGCGAAACCUUAAGUUUAUUUUCACCAAGCCUGAUAUAUAAAAAUACGAUCAGGCAGUUAUUUUUUUUUCUGUUCAUCAUAACUUCGUCUCCAUUUUGAAAGAAAUAAUGAAAUUAUCGCUGAAAUGCUGCAUUUUUAGCGGGAAUGAAUAUGAUUUUUGAUGUUUGACUACUUAAUAAUGACAUCAUGAGCACUUGCGCUUAAUACUUGUAAAAUAUGUGUUUUGCUGUGUUUGUAAAUUUUUCUGUCAAAAAUAUAUGACAUUUUUGUAUCAAAUUGUUGGUUUCAUUGAAUCUGAUAAUAUUGUACCAAAAAUUGAUAAUCUAAGUGUUGAUUCCAAGUAAUAUUACCAAAAAUUGGCUGAUAUAACAAUUUCCUGUUGAAGUUAAAAUAAUAUAUCUGGUAGCGUUUUAUCAGGCAGAUAUCAAUGUAGUGUAUAAUAAAGAGUAAAAAAGAAUCAUUAAUGGCCAAAAGGGGGAUGAUGUAUUCAAUUCAAUGUGAAAUCAUAAUGCCAAAUAUAAAUCUGCGAGCAGUCACUCCAGACUUGAACCAGUUUUUUUGAAACUAUUUCUAUUCCGGGGUCGCAUAGCGAGACAUGGUAUUAUAGUAAUUUCCUCAAUCUGUUCGUAACACUUUUGAGUCUGCAACACUUUUGUUUCCAUGAUGUUGUUCUUAUACCUUUUCAAGGAUGUUCAAGAAACUUGCAUCAAUUGUUAAGGUCAUGAAGCAAACAAAAGGGAUAAGUCAGUCAAGCAAGGUAAAGUUCAAAGUCACACUUCAAGGUCAAAAGCCUGUCUAUUUUUGUGUCUGAUCGAGUUCUCCUAUACUGCAGGGCUUUUUUCCUUUUGUGAAAAUAGCCCUUUUCCACAAUUUUGGGAAAUUCACGACUCAAAUUUUCACAAUUUCAAGAAGUUCACAACUCAAAUGUUCACAAUUUUAAGAAGUUUGUGACUCUAAUUUUCACACUUUUAGAAAGUUUGCAACUCAUUUUUUCACAAUUUUGAAAAGUUCGCCACUCAUUUUUUUCACAAUGGUGGGAUGGUAGGGGGGGGGGGGCCAAGGCAGCUUCACAAAAACAGGAAAAAAUGCCCUGAUACUGUUUGAAGCAUUUGCAUGAAACUUGGCUAAAAGAUGAAGGUCAGGUUUACAGUCAACUCGUACCUAAGUCAACUCGCACGGUAGUCAACUCGCACAUUUUUUGGUCAACUCGCACGGUAGUCAACUCAUACCUUAGUCCAAAUAUUGACGUGUUAAUGAGUUCUAGAUGAGUAAUUUAUGCAAACACUCAAAUGAAAAACACUUUCAGAGUUUAGUUCAAUAAAAAACAAUCUAUAUUUAAAAACACACACACUUAAUUGUAUUCUUCAUAUCUUUUUUAUGUUUUGCACCAAAAUGAUUAAUUUCAAGAUAAAUUAACUUUAAUUGAAUCUUGUGUGGUAUACAACACCUUUUACACCAUUAUCCGUGUCGUGACAAACAUUACAGCAAAACUGAUCUAUUAACAUACCAAAUAACUUUUAUUGAUUAUAUAUAAAAUGUUUGGCAAUUUAAAUUAAUGUUCGUUGUAUAUAACACACCUCUUACACAUAUUACCUUUGAAAAACACCGACCACAAUCAAGUGUAAAAGAAACAUUAAAGGGACAUUUCACAGAUUUCGGCAUGUGUUGAAGUUUGUCAUACACUCAGGGGGCUUCUACCAC